GAAGCAGCAGAACAGCCAUCCCAUAAUAUCAAGAAAUGAAAAAUAAUUAGUGGCUUGUGGAAAAUGUGCCCAAAAGGAGAAAUCUCUAAUGAAUUAGCCGGUACCAUAUUGCAGCUGUGGAUAGGAGUCAGUCGCAGGUCCUUGUUACGCGAGAGAUUCUGGCUGAGCAGCCUGCACACACAGGCGAGUCGUACAUUCGAGCCGGUGAGUGUGGUUUAAUUGGAGAAUAAAGAGCUGGAAACCGACGGCUAUGUAAUAUCUUUUUUUCUCAGAGGAAUGUGUUUUCAUGUAGGACAGUUAUGCAAAAAUGAACCCUUUUAUGCACGAAGAUAUCAAGAAAAUGAGAGCAAUAAAUAAUUUCGUGAUUCAAAAAAAUAUUUUAAUCUCGGGUCAAGUAGUAAUACACGAUCUACAAUCCCACAGUGAUUGACUGUACUAUUACUACUUAAUAGCUUUUGAGUGUGUGUGUGUGUUAGCGGAGAUGACUACAAUGUAAAUACAGCGUGAGAAGGAAAGCAGGCGCUGAAUGGGAAAACAUAAGGAUCGUAGAAUAGAAUUGCUAAUUGUCAAAAACAAAGUGGAGGUGAAAUAAUAGAAAGAUGAUUUCGAUGUCUUGUUUUAUUUCACUAAAUGUGGUGGUGUAGAGACAGUGAUGUGGCGGGACUACAACGAGGACUGAUUAGCAGCAAAAAGCAGAGCGAAGAGAGUCUCGUGGCUGUGAAAAGAGCGAGAAAUCUAGCGAGCAGCGUGCAGCAUUUGGUUUUCUUAGCACCGGGCUGCGGAGCGGUGUGAAGUAUGGGCUGCGCUCCCAGUAUCCAUGUCUCUCAAAGCGGGGUUAUCUACUGCAGGGACUCGGACGAGUCCAACUCCCCGCACCAGACAACCACCAUCUCCCAGGGCACCGCGGCCACCCUUCACGGCCUCUUCAUCAAGACCGACGCAGCUGACAACAUCCCCUCUGUCCUCGCCUACCAGAGCCGACACACACGUACCAAUUCUCGACGAGACCGGAGGGACAACAGCGGAGGACAGUGUUGCAUUGAGGCCGAGACUCAGACGAGCCACACCAGCGUCAAGGUUUCAGCAACAGAAGUACAUUUUGGACCCAUGAAACUGACACAAGAACCUGUUCAGGUGCUGCUUAUCUUUGCCAAAGAGGACAGCCAGAGCGAUGGCUUCUGGUGGGCGUGUGAGCGGGCGGGGUACAGGUGCAGCGUUGCACGCACCCCAGAGUCAGCGCUUGAGUGUUUUUUAGACAAGCAGCAUGAGAUAAUCGUCAUUGAUGCCAGGCACGCCAGAUACUUCGAUGCAGAAGCUGUCUGCAGGUCAAUCCGCGCUACCAAACCUUCUGAACACACUGUAAUACUAGCUGUGGUACCACAAAUACAACCUGGUCAAGAAGAGUCUUCAGUCCUGCCACUUCUCAACGCUGGAUUCAAUAGGAGAUUCUUUGAGAACAGCAGUACCACAACUUGUUACAAUGAGCUGAUUCAGUUAGAGCACGGGGAGGUGCGCUCUCUGUUCAAGCUACGAGCCUGUAAUUCCGUGUUUAUCGCGUUGGAGCACUGUCAAGAAGCAGUAGAAAUAACCAGUGAAGACCACAUCAUACAGUAUGUGAAUCCAGCCUUUGAGCGGAUGAUGGGAUAUUGUAAAGGAGAGCUGAUAGGAAAAGAGCUGACGGUGUUACCUAAAAGUGACAAAAACAGGGCGGACCUCCUAGACACCAUCAACAUGUGCAUCAAGAAGGGAAAGGAAUGGCAGGGGAUGUACUACGCCAGGAGGAAAUCAGGGGACAGCAUACAGCAGCAUGUGAAAAUCACACCUGUGAUGGGCCAGGGAGGGAAGAUCAGACAUUUUGUUUCUAUCAAGCGACUUUGCAGUGACAAUAAUAAACAGGUAUACAAGAUACACCGUGAUGAAAAAUAUUGUGGAGAAAAUUCACAGACAGAGUCCUUGUCUUCCAGGCACAAGGACAGGAGGAAAGAAUCUAUUGACGUCAAGUCGAUAACAUCUCGAGGCAGUGACGCUCCAAGUUUACAGAACCGCAGGUACUCGUCAAUGGCUAAAAUCCAUUCCAUGACAAUAGAGGCUCCCAUUACAAAGGUUAUCAACAUUAUCAAUGCUGCCCAGGAGAACAGUCCCGUGACAGUAGCGGAGGCCCUGGACAGAGUGCUAGAAAUCCUCCGAACCACAGAGCUGUACUCCCCCCAGCUCGGGAGUAAAGAUGAUGACCCACACACCAGUGACCUUGUCGGAGGUCUCAUGACUGACGGACUGCGCAAACCUUCUGGGAAUGAUAUCUUCUCCAAGAAUGUGACCCAAAUUCAAAGUCACCUGGUGAUGCCCACCACCCCCAAUGACAUCCCUCCUCGAAUAGCACAGCUGCUGAACAAUGAAGAGAUGUGGGAUUUCAACAUUUUAGAUCUGGAGGCUGCCACAAACAAGCGACCUCUCACCUACCUCGGAUUGAAGAUCUUUGCCCGCUUUGGUGUGUGUGAGUUUCUGAACUGCACGGAGGCUACGCUGAAAUCCUGGCUCCAGGUUAUCGAGGCUAAUUACCACGCGUCCAACUCUUACCACAACUCCACGCACGCAGCCGACGUCCUACACGCCACAGCCUACUUUCUUCAGAAAGAGAGAGUCAAGGGCAGUCUGGACCAGCUGGAUGAGGUAGCUGCUCUCAUUGCAGCGACGGUGCACGAUGUGGAUCACCCCGGCCGCACCAACUCCUUCCUGUGCAACGCAGGCAGCGAGCUCGCUGUGCUGUACAAUGACAUGGCUGUGCUGGAGAGUCACCAUGCAGCCCUGGCUUUCCAGCUCACCACUCGCGACCGACAGUGCAACGUCUUCAUCAACAUGGAGAGAACACAGUAUCGUACACUGCGGCAGGCUAUUAUUGACAUGGUCCUGGCAACAGAGAUGACGAAGCACUUUGAGCAUGUGAACAAGUUUGUAAACAGCAUCAACAAGCCGAUAGCAGCUAUAGAAGAAACCAGUUCCAAUAGUGAAGGAUGCGACUGUGAGUGCCCAGCGAGUAUAAAGAACUCACCGGAGAACCGACUGCUCAUCAAGCGCAUGCUGAUCAAGUGUGCAGACGUGGCCAACCCCUGCCGGCCCCUGGAACUCUGCAUAGAGUGGGCUGGACGCAUCUCAGAGGAGUACUUUGCACAGACCGAUGAAGAGAAGAGACAAGGGCUGCCUGUGGUCAUGCCAGUGUUUGAUCGGAAUACUUGCAGCAUUCCAAAGUCUCAGAUCUCAUUUAUCGAUUACUUCAUCACCGACAUGUUUGAUGCCUGGGAUGCUUUUGCCAAUCUGCCUGGCUUGAUGCAACACUUGGCUGAAAACCACAAGUACUGGAAAGCAUUGGAUGAAAUGAAGUGUAAGAGCCUCAGACCCCCUCCAGAUCUGUGACAUCAUCAACAAGAUCUUGAAUGCAGCCCCUCGAUCUCACUCCUUCUCACUGUGAUUUUAUCAGAAAAAACUGUCAUGGGAAAGAGAAUUUUUACUGCAUUUUGCCAAGAUGGUUUACAGUAUCAUAGAGUUGGGCUGCAAAAAAACAACAAUUGCAACAUUAGAAUUGUGCUACACUGUGCCUGACAACUUAACAACAGAGGCGGUUGGAAACUGCUGUUUUGUGAAGAUCAGUCCUUUCCCCAGAAAUACAAUCCACAUUAUGUUUGUAGAGACAUUUGGUUUAAAACUAGGGGUGGGGUAAGAGAAAUAAUGUUAGGUAUUUAUGAUUACUAAACCUGCGGGAACACAAAGUCACUUUGUGGCUUGGUACUUGGUUUCAGGAGACUAGGUUUCAGGCCACUGCAUGACACACCAGGGGAGACUUGGGGUUUGAUACAGCAAAGUUGCCUCAAACUAGAUCACCCGGUCUCCUGGAACCAAGUUUCAAGCCUCUGUUCCUCAAAAAAGUGGCUUUGCGUUCCCUCAGUUUAAGAGUUUUUUUAAUCCACACAUUGUUACUGCUUUAUGUCUCACUAAAUCACUUGAUAAAAGUACCAUUGGCUUACCACUGUAUUACACUGAAGAAAUAGUAGCAGAUCCAUUUCCACACCACAGCAGUGGCAGCAAUUGCAACACAAUUGAUUUGGAAGAAACAUUGCACAGUGGUUCUGGUAUGGCACUGUGGCACUGCAUGGAUCGGUGUGCAUUGGUUCAAACCAUUUGAAUAGCCCUGGUAUGCAGGAAUGAUAAAGUGUUACCGCUGUGAUGUCAUUCUGAGUAGUCUCUUAUGUGCAGAAUCAAAGCACUGCCAUUGUGUGCCACUUCAUUGUCAUUGAAGAUCAUUUGCCAAGGAGUGCCUCCAUCAGAUGAGAAGCUAUAUGAAGAUCAGACUCCAGCCUUGCUCAGAUGUCACAGUAGGAACCUUUGCAGCAGCCUGAUCCCACAGACCCCUGCUGUCUCUCUUAUCCACAUGGUUUAAGAUGGACCUCCUCAGGAUACAGGGGGAGGGUACGACAAUAAUGUGGGUUAAUACAAGUGUAACAAAUACGUCUUAAAUUGCAUUGGGUUGAAGUCAACUAACUAGAAUCAAUUCAGAAUCAAAAACAGCAAUCUCCUAGCAAGCUUGGCUGUGACCGCUUUAUUAUUUGCUUAUUUCCUAUGUUCAUAAAGCUGGCGUUUCACACACUUUUUGACAUAAAUAUUUGAGGACUGCUCCCUUCCAGUGCCUGCUGUGCUGCUAUUUCUUGCUGGAAACACUUUUACAGGUGAAAUGAACUGCCUGCAGUAUCAUUACUUUAUUGUUCAAGGUCUCUUAUGACUACUAUUUUAGAAAUCAUGCUAGUAUACAUUUUAAAGAUGUUUUUUUUACAGGGUGAACUUAGGCCAACAGCCACCCCCUAGUGGUGCCAUCGAAAACAACAGGAAACUUGAAACAACACUGAAUAACCUGUACCUUUACGAUUUUAAAACUUUGAGGUUACUUCACCCUUAGGAUGUGAAAAUUGAGACUUUACUGGUCCUGUGCUACGAUCAAGCAAUAGCAUUAGGUGACUUGAAAGAUAUGUGUUAAAGUAAUGAGCAGCAGUGCCUCAGAUGGAAGAACGCAUUUCGAGCCCUGUUAUAGAAGCACAGGGUUGAACUAGCCUAGACUCUAGCCUGUGAUAAAUUGUAAAGUGCCUUUUUUGGCAGAUUCUACCUGUAUAAGCCAUUAUGUAUGGUUGUUAUAUGUAGUGUAUACACACUCCACGACUAUGAUUUAUUCUGCAGUUUGGUGUGUUUUCUUUACUCGUUGUGUAUUGGACAGGUUUUAUUUGAUGUUUUCGUUGUUAAAAUACAGACACGUAUGGAGGAUCAUUCGAGCGGGACAUGCUAACAGAUUGGAUUUGCACAGAGCAGCCGUACACUUCUUUCCUCAGUACUGCAAACAGUAGUCAACUCCAGUACUAGAAAGAGUCUGUGAUUGAACAGUUAAGUUAGAAAUGUUAUUUUUGUAUUUCUUUUCCAAUAUUAAAUCUGACAUUGAACCCAGUGAAAACUCGAUAUGAAACGCAAAAAGGGGUUAAUACAAUCAUAUGAAAUAGAAAGGUUUUUAGUAUCACAUUGCAUUCUUCAAAUACGGUAGCUUCUUAUUGUAGACUCCCAAGUUACUAGUUAACUCAAACUUUCCCAAAUUAAAGAAAUAACAGAGAGCUCAAAUCACGGAUAAUGUGCUAUCCUGUUACAGAAUGAUGAACCAUUAUGAUUGUAAUUAUUAUUAUGUUUUUAAUUGAAAUGAUUUACUACAGCUAGUUAUUCCAGCCUAUGGAGCUAUAUUAGCUACCCCCUCAGCUGAACAAAUGGGAAGCCAGUAUGAUGCAGUAUAAUGUAAAAUUAUGACAUUUAAUGUACAUAUAUAGUGUUUUACAGCUAUUAAGAAUGUUAAGUAAGAAGACAUGUUUGUGUAUAUGAUAAAGGGAUAACCCUUUAGUCCAGGGGGUCUGUUCUAAGUGGGUAUAUUCUGUGUAUGAAUCUUGUAAUAAUGUAUACUAUAUUCUUAAACCAUGUACCAGAAACAUGAUUUCAAAAGUGCAUUGUAAUUUAGUGUUAUAAUUAAUAACAUGUUUAUAGAUUGCAGAUGACCGUUUAUAACGGAUCCCUAAAGUGCUAAAUUAACUAUUCAACCAAAGGCGAAGCGUCAUCUACAUAAACUGCCUUAUUACAAGCACUUAACCUUUGCUAAAAAGGGUUAGCUGAUUUUAUGUGCAUCAGAGAUAUUAAAAGCCAUCCAUCAUUUUAAUCUCCUGUCUGUUCAAAACAAGCUGACACAGUGUUUGUCAGGUGUGAGUGGGGACGAGUCCUUAUACCCGGUACAAUUUAUUUUGCAUGCCUAUAAUGACUGCUGAUUUAAGCCUUUGCUAAGAACUAAAGUAAUGUUCUCAUCAGUGUAGAGUAGCAGCCACAUGUUAUUUUAUCCUUGCAUUUUUAAGAAAGUAUUGUAAAACUGAAGCACAAAACAUGAAUCAUGUUUAUAUUCUAGCACAGCUUUCAUUUCUGCAAGACAGAACUUACAAAGCUUGGUAACAUUUCACCAUGUUUUUUUUUCUGCUAUAAUACUACUGUUUUAUCAAGGGAAAGCCAGGGUAUUUUUUUAAACAAUCACAAAAGCACUUUGUUGUGUAUUUGUAUUAAUCUUUACACUACCAUCAGAACUGUACAGUGAGGGAACAUUCCAUAAUAAGAAAUGGAACUGCCUGGCUACUUUGUAUAUUGUCACUUUUAAGUUAAUCAUAAUUCCUAUCAAUUGUGGAGGUUGUAAUUCUUAAGUAUCGUUUUCAGGCGAAAUUAAAAGGUUGAAUGCAAGAAAGAUUGUCAGAGUGGCUUUCAAAGAGUUAAACACUGUCUUGUCCUUGAGGAAGUUUAAGUGCUUAGUUUGGAUGAAAGUUUUUUUUUUAACCAACUCUAAAAAACAUGUUGAAUUCCCUCGUUCAACUCGAAACAUUAUACUUAUGAAAAGGGGGAGGGAUUUGUCAUUGAUUCAAGGUGCAUGACACCAGAGACCAAAAGCGAUUCCCAUCUUUGCCAGUUAAGUGCCAUUGUUCUCAUUUGAGGACAGGCCACAUUGUCAUUUUUUGGAGCAUUUUUAACUGGCAUCUACAUGUUAUUUUAAUGUUCUGUUUAACUAUAUUGUUAUGAUAACUUACUCUAAUUUUGUUAACAGCAAAAGUUAUGUCUAAAUGUAAUGUGUCAAAUUACGUAAAUACAGCUUGUGUUCUGAUUUUGUCAAAGAAGUUAAUUUGGUACUUAAUGGGUUAAUGUAGAAGCUCUGUUUAUCAGCCUAGUUUUUAGCGGUCAGGAGGGCAUGCUACUAAAGACUCCAUGAGAAUAGUGCGCUGUUUGCUGCUCUGGCACAAGAUCCAGCCCACAUUGGGAAUCUUUGGAGCUUAGAGAGGUGCUGUGUAGAGGACUUCAGUCCCCGGCAACGUUGACUUUCAUGAGCACUAAAUGUUAACAUUUAAAAUGAUGUAAUAUCAGGAGUGAUAAGAAGGAUUGUCUACAAAGGAGUUUUUCUUUGUGUUUUUGUGUGUUCUUUUUACAGUAUGUGUAACUACAGGUACAAACUUUGUGCCAACUGGUUUUUUUUUUUUUUUAAUACGUUUUAUAUCUCAGUUAGGACUGUAUGUAGCUGGCCACGCAGAAUUGUAUAUAAGCUCUAUUUUUAAUAGAAUCAUCUAUCUACUUGGUCAUGGACUGAUAAAAUAUGACAUUGUAUAAUAAUUUUAAAUUGUGUGUAUUUUUGAAAAGUUUUAUUGUUUGUAACAAAAAAAACAAAGAAAAAGAAAAUGUGUACACAUUAAUCCCGUUCACGUCUGGAUACAUCUGUAACUUUCCACUUUGAUUGUGUAAAUCUGAUAGAUUUGAAAUAUUUUAUUUCACUGCUCAUAUCCCCAUGCU